ACCUUUUCGAAUCAUUCGCAUUUCAAGCUUGCUUGGAAACAGACUUGCCCCAACGCUGCGUCUUGUCGCGGUCGCGUAUUUUGUGGACAAAGAAAAAACUGGGAAGUGAAUCUCAAGUGUAUUUAUUUGACGAUACCCACCGACGAUAGUUGCUAUAAAGAACAAGAUGUCACCUAAGGCACCGACUGUCAAGCUAAACAAUGGCCUAGAAAUGCCAGUACUAGGCCUUGGUACAUGGUUGUCCAAGGAAGGAGAAGGUGUUGAAGCUAUCAAGGCAGCAAUCGACGCGGGCUUUCGUCACAUCGAUACGGCCUACUUUUACCAAAAUGAGAACGAAGUUGGUGAAGCGAUUCGCGCGAAAAUCGAAGAAGGCGUCGUACGCCGAGAGGAUUUAUUCGUGACGACAAAGCUGUGGAACACCUAUCAUCACCCGGAGCACGUUGAACAAGCGUUCCAAAAAUCUUUGGAGAACCUGGACAUUGAGUAUGUAGACUUGUAUUUAAUGCAUUUGCCAAUUGGUUACAAGUUCAUUGAUUGGGAUACAAAGAACUUGAUGCCGUACGAUGCUGAUGGGAAACUGCAAUUCUCCGACGUCGAUUACAUUGACACGUGGAAGGCCAUGGAAAAGCUGUUGAAAACUGGGAAGGUUAAAAGCAUUGGUGUUUCCAACUUCAACAGCGAACAGAUCACUCGAUUGCUUGCGGAAUGCGAAAUCAAACCUGUGACCAAUCAGGUCGAGUGCAACCCAAGCCUCAACCAGCGCAAACUGACCGAAUUCUGUAAGGAUUUGGAUAUCACUUUGACCGCCUACAGUCCACUGGGCCGUCCAAACUAUUACGAGAAGGAUCCGGAUAGCAUGCCGAAGCCAGCCUUGGAUGAUCCUAAGGUUGUCGAAAUCGGUGAAAAGUAUGGAAAAACUUCCGGCCAGGUUAUACUCCGGUAUCUGGUUGACAUUGGCACUAUUCCAAUCCCGAAAUCAUCCAACGUCGAACGCAUUAAGCAGAACAUCGACAUUUUUGAUUUCAAACUGACGGAAGACGAAAUAAAAAUCAUGGAUGGAUUCAACACCGGACAGCGCACGGUACCGUUCAAUCUCUGUACCAGCCACAAGUAUUUCCCUUUUAAUGCCGAAUUUUAAAAUUAAAUUAUCUGUACAUUUUAACCAGAUGAAAUAAAAUCUAACAUAUUAGAAUGUCA